UGUGUGUGUGUGUGUGUGUGUGUGUAUAUAUAUAUAUAUAUACAGUAUAUGUGUGUGUGAGUGAAAGGAAGGGAAAAUCAGGGAUGCAGCGCGCUCCCUGAAGCGCGCAGCCUGAACAUGGCACUUUCUCGGAUUUACCCGUUCCUCAUUUUCCUGCUGCUUUUCUUUUCCUGCUUGGGACCGGGCCGAUGCGCGCGGAACUAUCCUGAUAAUGAAGUUACAUUACUGGACUCGAUGUCUGCUCUGGGGGACCUUGGAUGGGAGGCGUAUCCAGCAGAAGGGUGGGAGGAGAUCAGCGUGAUGGACGAGCGCAACACCCCCAUGCGCUCGUACCAAGUGUGCAACGUGAUGGAGGCUAACCAGAACAACUGGCUCCGCACUCGCCACAUCGCCCGCCACGGCGCUCAGCGCAUCUACAUUGAGAUCAAGUUCACGCUGCGUGACUGCAACAGCCUUCCCGGAGUCCCUGGAACUUGCAAAGAGACGUUCAACAUGUACUACCAUGAGUCCAACAAUGACAACCUGUGGUUCAUCAAGGAGAGCCAGUAUGUCAAGAUCGACACAAUCGCCGCCGAUGAGAGCUUCACGCAGACCGACGUUGGCGACCGCGUCAUGAAGCUGAACACUGAGGUUCGGGAUAUCAGCAACCUGAGCAAAAAGGGCUUCUACUUGGCCUUUCAGGAUGUUGGUGCAUGCAUCGCUCUUGUCUCAUUGCGGGUUUUCUAUAAGAAGUGCCCGGCCGCCGUGCACAACCUGGCGCAUUUCCCUGAUACAGUGACGGGGGGCGACUCGGCACUUGUUGAGGUGCGUGGAUCGUGCGUUAACGACUCGGAGGAGUUUGAGUCACCGAAGAUGUAUUGUAGUGCAGAUGGCGGGUGGCUGGUACCGAUCGGGCGCUGUAUCUGCAAGCCGGGCUUUGAGGAGGGCAAGGACUACUGCCAACCUUGCAGACCAGGUACAUACAAGGCCUCGGCCAAAGACGCCUACUGCACCAAGUGUCCUCCACACAGCUACUCGCAGCAGGAGAAGGCAUCUGAGUGCACAUGUGAGAAGGGCUACUACCGCGCUGACAUGGACCCUCGAUCCAUGGCCUGCACUAGGCCUCCAUCAGCUCCAGAGAAUGGCAUCUCCACCCUAAAUGACACAUCUGUUGCGCUGGAGUGGCGUCCUCCACGAGACAGCGGUGGCCGCAGUGACCUUGCUUACAACGUGCACUGCAGGAAGUGCGCACCGGAAGGCAGGAAGUGUGGCCCAUGCGGAGGCGGAGUCCACUUCACACCUCGGCAGUUUGGCCUCGACGCGACAAAAGUGCUGGUGUCCGGCCUGCUUCCCAACACCGACUAUGCUUUUAGUAUCGAGGCGAUCAACGGCGUCUCUGAUCUGAGUCCAAGUCCGAAACAGCAGCUCACCGUCAAUAUCACCACCGGCCAGACAGUGAGUGUUAUUCUGAAAGAGAGGAAGAGUAAAGACAGCAUCACUCUGGCGUGGCAGGGACCGGACAGACCCAACGGAGUCAUCGUCGAAUAUGAAGUCAUCUAUUACGAGAAGAACCAGCGGGAUCAGAACUACACGGUGCUGAAGACCAAAUCUAACAUGAUGACCAUCGAAGGCUUGAAACCUGGCACCACGUAUGUAUUCAGGGUUCGGGCUCGAACUGACGGAGGCUACGGCAGCUACAGCGGAGAGAUCGAGUUGGAGACCAGCCAGGAAGAUAUGCUGGCUAUCGGAGAUCCGAACCAGUCCACCAUCAUGGCGGUGUCCAUAGCAGGAGGUGUGGUGCUGCUCGUCUUCCUCGUCGCCUGCUUCGUAGUGAGCGGAAGACAUUGCGGCUAUAUCAAAGCGAAACAAGAUCCCGACGAGGAGAAGAUGCAGUUUCAGCAUGGAAGAGUCAAGUUGCCAGGAAGUAGGACCUACAUCCAUCCACAUACCUACGAGGACCCAAAUCAAGCCAUUCGCGAUUUCGCUAAGGAAAUUGACGCCUCCAGCAUCCGCAUAGAGAGGGUUAUUGGUGCCGGGGAAUUUGGUGAGGUGUGUAGUGGCCGUCUGAAGCUGCCAAGCAAGCGAGAGAUCUAUGUGGCCAUCAAGAGUCUGAAAGCGGGUUACACAGAGAAGCAGAGGCGUGAUUUUCUGAGCGAGGCAAGCAUCAUGGGCCAGUUCGAUCACCCAAACAUCAUCCGGCUGGAGGGGGUUGUCACCAAAUGCAAGCCGGUGAUGAUAAUAACCGAGUUCAUGGAAAACGGAUCCUUGGAUACUUUCUUAAAGAAACAUGAUGGUCAGUUCACCAUUAUCCAGCUGGUAGGAAUGUUGCGCGGAAUCGCAUCCGGGAUGAAGUAUUUAUCGGACAUGAAUUACGUGCACCGUGACCUGGCUGCUCGGAACAUUCUGGUCAACAGCAACCUGGUGUGUAAAGUGUCAGAUUUCGGCUUGUCCCGAGUGUUAGAGGAUGACCCCGAAGCUGCUUAUACGACACGGGGCGGAAAAAUCCCCAUUCGAUGGACAGCACCGGAGGCCAUCGCGUACAGGAAGUUCACUUCAGCGAGCGACGUGUGGAGCUACGGUAUUGUCAUGUGGGAGGUGAUGUCAUAUGGCGAGCGGCCAUAUUGGGAGAUGUCUAAUCAAGAUGUGAUAAAAGCGAUCGAAGAGGGAUACCGUCUCCCCCCGCCAAUGGAUUGUCCAGUGUCUCUUCACCAGCUGAUGCUGGACUGCUGGCAGAAAGAGCGAGCUGAGAGACCCAAGUUCAGCCAGAUUGUCAACAUGCUAGACAAGCUGAUCCGAAAUCCUGGUGCCCUGAAAGAGCUGGCCAACAGUUCCAUCUGGGAAGACCCGAUCACCCCAGAGUUCAGCGUCAAUAGUGUGGAUGAGUGGCUGGAUGCCAUAAAGAUGGGCCAGUACAAGGACAACUUCACAUCUGCAGGCUACGUCACAUUAGAUUCAAUAAUCUACAUCAGUGCAAGUGAGUUGAGUAAGAUGGGUGUGACCCUCAUUGGGCACCAGAAGAAGAUCCUCGCUAGUGUCCAGAGUCUGCAUGCCCAAGGGAGCCAUGUGCAAGUAUAACAGCUCUGGACAAGCUGAUAGACAGUUAGAGGAGGAAAAACAGAGACAGUGUGGAAGUGUGGAAUCCAAAACAGUGCUUCACCAUGCCAACCCCCAAUCCCGGACGUUUGGCUGCAGCCCACGAGCUCACAAUUUGUGCAGCAGAACCAGAGACUGGUUAACAGUGGAAAAUUCAGACCAGACAGAUGAUGAUCAAACACGAACUCUGAUUUAUGAACAUUAUUGUGAGCUGUGUACAGUCAUUUGCAUUGUUGUUUCUUGUCAUUUGCUUCAUUUUCCAAGGUUUGAUAUAGGUGAAUAAAAGGUGCCUGGGUGGAUUUGGACCUAAGGGUGGUGUGUUUGGAGCCACAGUAUGAGCUUUGUCGUGUUGUGCUCUGAACAUGAUAGCAGACAGGAAGUGUGAUUUGCAGCCCUGGCUCACAAGAUGAUGUUUAUCCAGACUUGACAUUUUUAAUGGUCUACAGUAAUAAUUAUAUGAGGCAUUCUUUCUGGUUGGAUUCCCUAACUAUCAGCAAUAGGAGAUUAUGUUUCACCAGCGGAAGUAGGGCUAGCAGUGUUCUGGUCUUUGCGUUUCAGAUUACUGCAUUAUGGUAUGAGGAAACAUUGCAAUGAGUAGCUAAUUUAUGGUUAAGAUAAGAGUUGUCCCAUGCUGUAAUAUCCAGUAGAGAAUGUCAGGGGUUUGUCUUUUUUUAGUCAGUACAGUAUUAGUCAUACUGUGGGCUAGUGUCUGAUAGUUAAUGCUAGUCAUGGUUAUUAAAAAUAAGGAUGGGUCUCCUUCAACGCAACGGUAUUGUCUUUUAAAAAAUGAGUGAGAAUGUCUCUGUGUGUGGACCUAUAAACUGACUUAUUUUGGGUUGGUUCUCAUUUCAUGAAUGCAGAAAAGCAGAACAUGCCCGUUUGGGUAUGUAGAACACCAAGGUACACAUGCUAUACACGGCUGAGAACUUUAAAGGAAUUCUCUACAUAAAAACAUCAAAAUAAAGGACAGCAGGUAUAACAGAGCCAGCUGUCAAGUAAUUAAUGAUAACAGUGGCUUUUUUGAGUCAAGUAUUCCUUUAAAGUUUUAAAGCAAAUUAGCCUACACCUUUAACUAUGUAGCUAACUUGGGAAAAUUAAUAAAGCAAUUAACAAAGUCCUGAGUAUGGUAAGAUGUUACACAUAGCGCAACAAUGCAUGGGAGCAUUAUUUGUGUUUAGCAUUAUGAGGAACACAUAAUAUAUACACAGACUCUUCCCAGGUAGCAAACUGAUGCUUACCCAAUGUCUAGUUCAGGUGGCUAGAUUGAUCCUCCCUAUACUACAUUUUGUCAAUGUUGGGCAAAUGUUGGCAAGGGGGAUUUAGACGUGGCUGAAAGUUGGCCCUAGUGGCCCAAUGUUAGCCCAAUGGACAAAAUGAUAUUGGGCCAAUGUUGGGAAGUUGAACAUAAAGCCGGUCCUGAUGGCCCAAUCUUAGCCCAGUGGACAAAAUUAUACUGGGCCAACAUUGGCAAGGUGGAUGUAAUGGUUGUUAAAAUCUGUUUACUCUGUUCGCCAAAUGCUAAUCCAGUGUAUUUUGAAACCCAACACUGGUGAUGGCUGACAAAGUCAGUUUGCUACCUUGGUGAGCUCUGUGCAUCAACAUUAGACACCAUGACUUUCACAGUAUGUUUAUUUACAGCAGAACAUGUAACACAACUUACACUCUUGUAAAAUAAUGUAUAAACGUGUACAGUGUCGAAUUCAAAGAGUGAACGAAAAGCUGUAGAAUGUUUGUAAUGUACUUUAUUUCGUUUUCUGAAGAAGUUAAAGAAGAUGUGAGACGUAUCGAUUGGUGGAGCUCAUCACCGUGGGAUAUAACAGAACUCUGGAAUGUAGCAUGGAUGCUAAAGCUUCAUCUUUUAUAAGCAAGUGACAGUGACUGCGGUUCUUUUCUCACUCCAGUGGUGGCUGUAGCUGCUUGACGUUAGAUGCCUUACUAACUGUGCUGUUUCUUUCUCUUCUUCCUGGUAGAGGCAGUAUCAUGAUGAGAUAUAGUGAACAUAGUAUUUAUCAUAACAACGCCACUGAAAGCUAUAGUGAAUGUCGGCGCAACAUGUCCGGCUUUGUGUUACUUCACCUUUCAGGGGUUGAACCUUCUUUUAUUCACAGUAUUCAAGCUUGUUUUGGUGCAUGUAACUUUGGGGAAAUAGCGAUCACACCUAUUCAUGCUGAUUUUGCUGCAUUUACAACACUAAUAUUUUUGUACUCCUUCUGUAAAAUAUUCAUUUCAUUUACACAAACAAAUGUCAAACGUAGGUUCUUAAGUUAUUCUUAAGAGAAGUUUACUAGCAAACCCCUUGUCUUUUAAUCCAUAUGCUUUCUCUUUAGUACUGUGGAACAUGACUGAUGACAUCUCUAAUUAUUAAAAAUAAUGCUUGACCAUGGUUUAU